AUGAGCGAUCGCCCCUCCGAGACUUCAAGCGCAUCAAACUCCUCAAAGCCUGCUACUUCGAACAAUUUAUUCGAAGCCAGCUCAUCUACCGGCUCCUCGGAAGCCCAAGACUUUACGGAAACUCCACAACCUCCCGCUGAACAAACCGUCUCAACACCCGUGAUUGUCGUCACCAGGUCACGUACAUCGUCACCAGAGUCUACUCCUCGACAAAGCCGCUCCCAAGUCCCACACCAUCACCCAGCCGGCACUUCAUCUUCCUCACCGCAAUCUCCAACAAGGCAAGGUUCGCAUACCCUGUACGAACGUCAGCAACGCUCCCGCUCCCAACCGCUCCAAGCAACCAGCCACAACACGACCACGACAAUGUCUUCCUCUGCCUCUUCUCCUUCUGCCACUUCCACAGCCGGUAGCACUUCUGGAUCUGGUCAGGGCUACCAGCUUCCGUAUGCUCCGUUUCCCUACCCCAUGCCUGCCAACCCCCGCGGAGGACAGCAGCAGGGCGGCCAGGGCAAGUAG